AUACUUUAGAAAAAACUUGUUUCAGUUGCAAAUUCAGUGUGUAGGGUUAUAACCAGAGAAUUUCAAUUCUAUAGAAAACUCGAAAAGGACGAAACAUGAUUUUCGUAGAUGUUAUAAGCAUGAUUUUUACCACAUUAUGGAUAAUUUCAAGUGCUACUGUAUUGGGAAGUAAUUACUAUCCACCAGAUGUAAUUGAGGAUGCAAGACUUGAAACGGAUCAACUUAUACAAAAAUACAAAUAUCCAGUUGAGACACAUUUUAUUAUAACAAGUGAUAAAUAUAUUCUGAGAAUGCAUCGAAUACCAAAACCCGGAGGCAAACCAGUUUUACUUCAACACGGUCUUUUGGAUAGUUCUGCAACUUAUAUUCUAAUGGGACCAAGUAUUGGUUUAGGUUAUUAUUUGUAUGAUUUGGGAUAUGACGUUUGGAUGGGCAAUGCUCGGGGUAAUCGAUAUUCGAGGAAUCACACAACCCUCAACCCGGAUACUGAUACUGCGUUUUGGAAUUUUAGCUGGCAUGAAAUAGCUGUUUUUGAUAUUCCAGCAAUGAUUGAUUUUAUCUUAAGAAAUACUGAUUCUGAAAAAUUGAUGUACGUUGGACAUUCACAGGGAACAACAAUCUUGUUUGUUAUGUGUUCCAUACGUCCUGAGUACAACGAUAAAAUCAUCGUAGGACAUGCAUUGGCACCAGUUGCAUUUAUGAAACAUAUCCGGACCCCGCUUUUACCACUCGGCGAUAGCGCUUUUCAACUUCCUGUUGUCAAAGCCAUGAUGUACGAAUUACUGCCAAAUUCCGAUUUAUUCAGAGGAACCUGCUUGAGUGGGAAAAAUGCCGAAGACGUUUGCAUAACUUUUUAUUUUAUGAUCGUUGGUAAAGACGUCAAGCAGUUUAAUAGAACAAGAUUUCCAAUGGUUUUGGGUCAUUUGCCUGCUGGUAUUGCUACUAAGCAAGUUUUACAUUAUCUACAAUUGAUAAAAUCUGAUAAAUUUCGACAAUACGAUUGUGAGCUUGAUAAUAAAAAGGUCUAUGGACAAAAUGAGCCUCCGGAUUAUGAUCUUAAAAAAGUCACUGCACCUAUUGCCUUGCAUUAUAGUUUGAAUGACUAUCUAACCGAACCUGUGGAUAUAUUAAGACUCAGCAAGCUGCUGCCGAAUGUUGUGGAAAUUAAUAAGUUAAAACCACCAUUAUGGAAUCAUAUGGACUUUGUUUGGGCUGUGGAUGCAAGAAAAUUGAUUUAUAAGAAAAUUCAUGAAAUAAAUAAAAAGUUUUGGAUUGAAAAAUAGAAAAAUAUCAAACAAAUAUUUCAUAAAA